AUGAGGCGAAGUUCCUUGGGGAAGUCGGGGGCCUUGGCCUUGUUGCUGGGCCUCUGCUAUCUGACCCUUGAUGCCCUGAGCUGCUUUGUGGGAGCCGGUUUGACCAACAACCGAUCCUCCUCAGUUGAGAUGAGGGGAUACCGGCUGGACAGGAUGCUGGAAGCCACGGAUGGCGACCGAUCCUUGCAGACCUCGGAGGGCUUCUGGAUCGGGGAGAAGGGCUUCGAGAAGUCCCAGUGGGCGCAAGGCUACCGCUACCGCAUGCGAGCCUCUCCGGAGGAGUUCAAGAAGGGCAUCGACUGUCCCGCUCCGCUCCAGAUCGGCCCCAUCAAGUGGAAGGUCGGCGAGUGCUUCGGUGGCAGCGGCAACAACGACAAGCUGCGCCAACUCAAGAAAGAGUUGGCCCAGGCUGGUUUGGAUGAUCCCAAGAAGCUCGCAGAGAACGAGUACUGGCUCAAGCGCUACGGCCGCAAGCGCUGGUACCCCAAGUAUGUGAACCAGUCCGGUGCCAAGAAUCAGCAGGGCCUCUUGCGCGGCUUAGCAGCCUGGUCCGGCUACGACCCCCUCAACGAGGAGCGUGGCAAGACCUGGAUCGAGGCGGAUUAUGGCAAGCCCCUCAUCGAGGGCAAGAAGGACUAUCGCCUGCCAGGCCUCCUCACCAAGGAGCAAAUGCAAAAAGAGCUUGACAGCGGCAAGCUGCCCAAGCCUGCAGCCUGA